AUCAUGAAAAUUCUCCCGUUUCUUCUUCAACUUUAGACGAUAAACUUUUUCAUAAAGAUCAUGAAAAUCCUCCUGUUUCUUCUUCAACUUUAGAUGACGAUAAUGAUGGAUUUUUUGUGAACAAUGAACUUUCUAGGAGAAAAUUAACAAAUCUUGAUCCAGCGAAUAGUAGUACACCCUUCCCAUUUCUGCCAUUUCUUAAUCCUGAUCUGAUAAAUCCUGCUCCUCCUGUUCAACAACAGUUAGAUGUUCAAUCUAAAUUAUGGCAAUUAAUCCAUUUUUUUGCAAUGAUUAUGUUGGGAUUGCUCGUAACCUGGUUUGAAGUACUUCGGCGAGAUGGUAGUUGGAGUCGAUUUACUAAGUUGAUUUAUAGAAAUCCGAAUGAAAUCUCUGAGACUGAUCGCGUAUCAAAUUGGUUGAUUCUUCAAUCUUCUCGAUUAUUUAUACAAAAGGGUCGAACAUUUGGAGGCACAACUCUAGGUGCAAUAGCAGCGAGCUUACCACCACCAUUUUCCGAUGCACUUACGUUGUUAAUGAGAUACAACCUUAUUUGGAAUAGCCUUUGGGAAGAUAUUUGUGUGUUAGCAUUUGUAUUAUGUAGUGUUGUAUCAGUCUUACUUGGAAGUUGGAAAUGUAUUAAUGUAUCUAUUAACAGUGGAUGGGUGAUCUAUGGAUUUGUGAGACAUUGA